AUAUGUCAUAGUAAAGAAUUCGAAAUGAAUUGUCGCAAUAAUAUAAUUCAAGAGACUAUCGUAUAUAAGAUUAUGUUGGAGAAAGUUUUCAUGGGAAACAAUACAGAAGUCUUUGUAACAAUUUUUUAUUGUUUCCAGUUUACAUCUAUUAUUAUGUAUAAUCAUAUCUAUACGAUAGGUAUACCAUUUUUGCAAAUGGAGAAAAUAAACUUACUUUUUUUGCGAUCGUGUAUAAAUAUUAGAUCAAAUUUCCCUAGUAGUUUGCUAUAUUACGAUAUUAUCUGGAAUUAGCCAUAUGACGCCGAAAAGAAAAAAGGAAAGAAAAUUGUUCCGAUAAAGUGGAAUGGGAAAAUAACGUAUACGUCUACGUCAUCAGUGUGUAGUUCGUCCUCGUUCGGUUAAGAUCGUUCUUCGUUUAUACUUAUAGUUAAACAAAAUGGACUUUUUAGUGAUUCGUUAUUAUAAUAUUAAUCGAUUACUUUUAUUGGUUAUCGGUUCUUGGCCAAUGAUUAAAAAGUCGCCUAUAAAUUCAUUUAUACAAAUGAUACAAAAUUUUUUUGUUUAUAUUAUUCUUAUUUCGUCUGUACUCGUUCAGAUAUUCAAACUCAUCACUUCUGAGCCUACGCUCGAUCUUUUCGUGAACGUUUCUUCUUACGCGUUUCUUUGCAUGAUAUACCUUAUGAAGUAUGGUUUUCACAUGUUUCAACUUGAAAACAUAAAGUGUCUUAUCAUACGAAUUCAACGUAAUUGGAAUUUAUUGAUCGAUGAGAAGGAACGCGAAAUCAUGGAAGAAUAUACGCAAAAGGGAAAAAAAUUUACUUUCGUCUGUCUGUUUUUAUCCUUCUUUACGAUUAUCUUACUACUGACUUGGACAAGUUUUUUGUUUAUUUCCGAUAUACUUGUACCAUUAAACGAAUCUCAUCGGCUGGAAUGUCCAUUUGUGGCGGAAUAUUUCAUAGACCAGGAAGUUUAUUAUUAUCCUAUUUUAUUGCAUAUGUAUACGAUAUUUCUCGUUGGACUGACUGUUGUUAUUGCGACUGAAGCAUUAUAUGCUAUAAUCGUGCAACAUGCCUGCGGUCUUUUUCAUAUUGUUCGAUAUCGUUUCGAGCAAGUAUUCAACGAGAGUACUUUAAAUUCUAUUUCAUUAUCGAGAAAAAGUUUUGAAAUCAACUACUCGAUCGUUCGUGCUAUUAAUUCGCAUCAAAACGCUAUCGAGUUCGUCGAUCAUAUGAAUUCCUGUUUCUCAAACUCCUAUUUCAUGUUAAUAAUUUUGGGCGUAAUAUCUCUAAUUAUGAAUUGCACUGACAUUUUACAAGCUAUGAAUCCGAAUAAGAAUUAUAAUCUCGUCAGUGCUUCUGCUCGUAUACUUAAUGCUUUUGUACGUAUCAUUAAUAUCAUUUGUUAUCUGUUUGGCGUAUUUUAUUGUGGACAGAAACUUAUAGAUUGUAGUAUUAAUAUUUUAGAUCAAGCAUAUACUAUUCCUUGGUAUUUAGCAUCUUCGAAGAUAAAAGUUUCAUUAAUGAUGAUCUUGCAAAGAAGCUUGAAGAAAUCCACUUUGUUUCUUGGCAAUUUAUUUCCUAUGUCAUUCGAAUUAUUUGGAACGAUCUUAAAAACGACAUCUUGUUACAUUACGACACUUCAUGCAUUACAAUAUUGAUUAGAACAAUUCUAAUGUGGAGUAUGUAAAAAUUAAGUUGUCAUAUG